AUGGCAGCCUCCUCAGUCAUUCCUUCCUUGCUCCUCUUCCUCUUCUUAGCUGCCGCUGCCGCUGCCGUUGCCUCCUCCAACCCCAAUGGCUACAUGCACCUGCGCUUCUACAACCACGAGAGAAUCCUUGGCUCCGGUCCCAGCGCCACUGUCGUCUACGCCGUCCAGCGCCGUGACUCCAACUCAGGGGCUGGCUUCGGUAACGUCAUCGUCUACGACAACCUUCUGCGGUCCGGGGUGGAGACAGACUCACCCAUCGUCGGUCGAAACCAGGGCAUGGGAGUGGGCUCGAGCUUGGCCGAGAACUCUGGUCUCACCAAUUUCCAGCUGGUGUUCACCGCUGGCAAGUACAGCGGCAGCUCCCUUGCCCUGCAGGGGUUGUUCCCGGUCGCCCCGCUCGGGACCGUGUUCGAACGGGCGAUCACCGGAGGCACAGGAAAGUUCCGUUUGGCCAGAGGAUACCUCUUGACCACGGAAGUUCGUGCUACCAACACGACCCUCACUGGACAACUCGACGCUUAUAUCACCUUCCGUUGA